CAUAUUGUUCUAUACCAAAAUUGCUUGUUUAAACCGUUAACUUCAAUCUUACACAUAAUGACUAGCCAGUUAACAAAUAAUCUCGGUCGUUGUAACACCAUUUUCCCCAAAUUCUUCAAUCAAGUUAACAUCAUGUAAAGUUUUGUGACUUAAAUCUUUAGUUGUUUCGUUAGCUUAUCUUUGUUCUUCGGUUGCAUAUGUUGCACAUUUACUAGAAUGAAAAGCUUUAUUUCUCCAAUGACGGCCCGUGGACGACUGACUCGCAUUCUCGGCCAUAUCAGAAUUGCAUUGAACACAACUGCUUCAAGAAACAUGUCAGCAAAAUAUAACCAAGUUGAUGUUAAUGGUGCAACUAUGAACUAUGUUGAUACCGGUCCUGGAAAGCACAAAGAUGAAGCUGUGAUCUUCCUUCAUGGAAAUCCCACAUCCUCUUAUCUGUGGAGGAACGUCAUUCCUCACGUGGAGGACCUUGCAAGAUGCCUUGCUCCUGAUCUUAUGGGGAUGGGAAAGUCAUCCAAGAUACCUGGGAUAAAGUACACGUUCAUGGAGCAUUAUUCCUACCUCUCGAAGUGGUUCGAUUCAGUUGAUCUUCCACAAAAGGUUAAUCUUGUGGUUCAUGACUGGGGUUCAGGGUUAGGCUUCCACUGGGCGAAUAAACAUCGGGAUCGUGUGAAGUCAAUCUCAUACAUGGAGAGCCUUGUUGCACCUUUAUCUUGGGAUAGCUUUCCAGGCAAGGCACGGGAUAUUUUUCAGGCCUUACGAUCCCCAGCUGGUAAAAAAAUGGUUUUAGAAAAGAACCUAUUUGUUAAGCUACUUCUGCCUAGGAGUAUCACUCGACAGCUAACAGAUGAAGAGAUGGCAGUUUAUUUGGAACCUUUUCAAACUGAAGAACAUAGACUUCCAACCCUUACCUGGCCCAGGGAAAUUCCUAUUAAAUAUGAUGGCCCAGAAAAUAUGAUUGAAAUUGCCAAAAAUUACAACAAAUAUUUAUCAACCUCUAAAAGUCUUCCGAAACUUUUUGUGAACGCUGAUCCUGGGUUCUUCUCAAGCUGGAUGAAACAGAAAGUGCAGGAUUGGCCGAAUCAACAAGAAGUAACAGUUUCUGGUAUCCAUUUUCUUCAGGAAGAUUCACCUGAAGUUAUUGGAAAGGAGAUACGGUCCUUUCUUGAAAAGAGUGUUUUUUAAAACUAUGCAAUAUUUUUAUUUUUUAAAUAUGUUUUAUCAAAUACAGGGUUUAACCCUUUAGUUGAUAAUCUUGUUUAAAUUGCUAUAUUACUACAUUGUGUUUAGAUUAAUUUCUUCACAUAUUUUGUUGCUUGUGACUAGAUAAUUUUACCAUUUUCUCAUUCAUUUUUUUAACUUUUCAGUACUAUAAAUAAAGUUAUUAUUUACUGCAAUGAGUUAUUGUUGUUUCUCGUUGACGAAAAUCAGGCACUGGUUGAAUUAUAAUUUGGUUUAUUACAUUCAGUUACUAGCUUUUUAACCACAGCCCAAAUCAACAUUUUUACCAUUCUGUGAGUGCCUAAGCUAAGAUUAUCUUGCUUCUUCUUUAAAAUAAUUCUUUGGCGGAUCACCAGGUAUUGAGUAAGAAAAUGGCAAAAUGUCCAAUAUAUUUAGGUAUAAAUAUUAACGAGCGAGAAGACCGCCGGCCUACAUUAACUUGGCCACGCGAAAUUCCAAUCAUACAAAACGGUAACAUUGGAAUUGGCAAUGUUUGUGUCUUGCAAAAUUUUGUUGGAGGUAGAAAUAUAUCUAUUAUUGCUUUAACAGACGAUAUUUGUUUUACCUUUUUGAGUAUAAACGAAAGAUUGUGGUUUUAAACUCUUUGAAUAAACUAUACACUUUACGUUUA